GACCCAAUACGGCCCGGCCGAUUUGUCGCUGACGUCACCUCAUCUUCACCACCGGAGUCCGGAGUAAUGCGCAGGCCACAGGGUCGGGUUCGCUUUUUCUUGGCUUCUUCUCUCGUCCAUCCACAGGGGGAAGGAGCAGGAGGGAGGGAGCCAUGGUUGUCAGCACAUUCACUGGCCCCGGGAUUGGGAUCGGGUUCGGUGUCGGCUGCGGGUUCGGCGUCGGGUGGGGGUUCGGAGGAAUGCCUCUUAACACGUUCGGCUUGGGUAUUGGUGGGGGCUGCGGAGUUGGUCUUGGACUAGGAUGGGGCUUUGGAAAUGCUUUUGGUUGUCAGUAUCGAUCUUCAAGAGUCCAGUUCCAGGGCAUUGAAUUUCAGAAGAAGGCUGGAGGAGAUGAAUCACAAAAAGUUGUUUCACCCGAGCUUGCUGAAAAGUCUCAUCCUUAUGGCUAGUAUUCCUGCUACCACAAAAUCCACAGAGACUGAGUUCUGUGUGCUGAGUUGCAGUUUAAUUACAUACAUUUUCUUUUCUCAGGACAAGCUUAAAAACAAAACAAAAUAACUGCUGCUAUAAAGUUACAGUUUAGGGAAGGUCUUUUAAGUUGAACCACCAGAAGGUUAAGAAAAAGUACAAAACAAAGGCGGACGUUGUUUCUGAUCUGUUGGUGGGUGCUGUGACUGCAUACCGGGAAUCAGAACAACUGGUAACUUCGUCAUAGCAUGAAGCAUCCAUGGACCUGGCAUGAUGGUGAAUGACUUGCACAACUGUAUCUCUUUUCUUCCUGAAAACACACAACUGUGUCUUUCAGUGUUUUUUUCCAGUGCAAAGCCUCUCAUACAUCAAGCAAAUGGAUGGUCAAAGGAAGCAGAAUCGUUCUUUGAUGUAGUAGAGCUUGCUGGCUCUGCCUCCCCAGUCCUGAACCAGUAUGACUGCUGGAAUGAAGCUGCGCUUGUGGGGACAUCCUCCAUGACCCAUUCAAAGCCCUUGGGGUAGUAGAUCCCUGUCAUUGGAUGUGGGACCCACAAUGAUGUUUCUGGGGACUUCACUUCAGUAGGCUCCAGUCGCUUCACAAGGUUCAACAUGGAUUACUAGUUACCGGAGCAGAGCUGCCGAUUUCGCAAGCGCAUGGCGGCCCAUCGAAUGCAGGCUGGGGCGUUUGCUAAGAUGCCACUGGUGGUUAUCCUUGGUAGCAACCAGCUGAUAGCAGUUCCUUCUUGUUUGGUACCUCCCUCAUCCUCAACCCAGGUAUUUAUACACUAGCUGUAGCCUUGCAGAUGCAAUGCCACAACACCAACCACCUUCCGCAAUAAAAGAGACACCGUACAUCCAUUGGAUUAUAGAGAACUAGACACGCUUAACAUACAGCAAAGCUAAAGAGGAGGAGGGGUUUGUUAAAGGAUUAUAGACAAUUUUGUUCACUGUCGCUAGCUUCCAAUGGAGCAACUGAAAUGACGGUUUUGAGCCUCUGAUUGAACGCCUCUGGACAAAACACCACCAGAACUGAUGCUCCUAGAAUCUGAAGUCAGUUUUGCCAAGGAGUGCAGUCUUGGACUGUACUGUUUUGCUAUUUUGUGUAACCAUGCGACAGCACCACCGAGGCUGUAGCUAGCAUUGUUAGCAAAGUGGAACCUUGACAUUAUGAACAAAAGAUGAGAGCCGGACACAAUUAGAAGAAAACUCUACAGUUACAGAAAUUCCACGAUGAAGGGUUGAUAGCUGCAAAUUAUUUUGUUAUAAUAAAGUCCUCAAUGGCUUGUAAAAUUAGCAAGCUGAUGUAGAGGCUAAAAACACUUAUGGAGUAUGAUAAAAGCUUAGAGUCCUCAGAGCACAGGUCAGAGACAGCGUUUUGGGUGACAGUCGACAUUGGCUCUUAAAGACUCGCUAGCGCGGUUAUUUUUCUUGUUCUCUCAUCACUGGGUAAGAUCUGUACUCAGCUGUCGAAGUCAAUUAGCCAUUGAGCACGCCCAUUAACAGGUGAACUCAGAGUGGAAAUCCAUCUGGAUGUGAUUAUCAUGCAUAUUUCAAGAUAUGUAUCCUCAAGGUGAAGACUUUUUUUUUACCUUACUGGAUGGAUGUCUCCAUAGUUUCUGUGCAUGGUACUUGUUAUCUGAUCCAUCUUCCCCAAACAUUCUACCUCAUCUGAUCAGCGCCAUCGACGCUCUGUUUCUUGUGCACAAUAAUGGAGAGCAUGGGAUCUGAUUCUCCGCUUCCAUAACGCACAGCUACGGCGCAAAACUAAAGACAAAGCAUUUCAGGCCUUCCGUAUUUGACAGACUGACAGUACAGUCACGAGAAGCACGACGCUGCCUGCACAGGAGUUGUACUGGGACAUGUCUGGGAGUGGAAUAAAGCUGCUGAUUUUGUUCUCAUCGGCUUCGAUCCGUCUGUUGGCUCCAUUGCUUUUGGUAGAAGGGUAGGAAGUCUUCCAGGGCUGGAUGGUAUGCUGCUAUACAAGGAAUCUUGAUCACUUCACAGGUUAUUGGCACUUGUUUUCGCGUCCCCUAUUCCAAAAGAAAUUAUGCUGGCAUGUUUUGCUUGUUACUCCCUGUGACUGGUCCGAACAGUUUCCAAGACAAUUAUGUACUGAUUUUGUCUGGGCAUUGGAAGUCUGGAACAGAAUGUGGCUUCCUAAACAAGGUAAUCGAUUGCACUAUAAAAAGUUGAAUAAAUUGUAAAGGGUUGGGAUACAUUUUUUUGAGAUUACUGCCUCCUGUUUAUCCUGUUUGUUUUUUAAUCAUAUGGGAACUUAAACGUA